AUGACCACACUCGCGGCCAGGCGCAUUGCCAAGGAGCGCCUGGAGCUUGAGAAGCCCAAUGAUGACUACUUUGUCCAUUUCAACGAUGAGAACCUCCUCCACUUCGACGCCUACGUCGUGGGACCAGCCGACACGCCGUACCAGCACAAGCUGGCUCUGCUCCGGUUCGAGAUCCCGGCCCGAUACCCACUUGUUCCGCCUGUUGUCAAAUUCAUUCAGCACACCGGCCACAGAAUCCAUCCCAACCUCUAUGUCGAAGGCAAGGUCUGCCUUAGCAUACUGGGCACUUGGCCGGGUGAGCCAUGGGCGUAUGGCAUGACGUGUCACACCAUCCUGGUCACAAUCCGCUCACUGCUGGAUGACAAACCAUACAAGCACGAGCCGAAUCAGAAUGACAACCCCGCCUUCAACAAGUUUGUAGAGUACUCAUCCUGGCGAUGCAUGCUGCUCGACUACCUUGCCCGAGCGCCCAACCAGGCCAGCAGAGAGUUCAUUACGCGACACAUCAGCAACCACGGUGAGGCGAUGAGGGCGGCGCUUGCGGCACAAGCGAUCGAAAACAGAAGACUCAAAGAGUUCAGCUCGCCCUACCUCAGAGGUCGUCGGCCUGACAAUGACCAACAUCUGCGAGUUGAGUAUCCAAAGCUCCAGUCUGAGCUGGAAAGUGCCAUUGAGAAAGCGAACAUGGCUGUACGUGCUUCCUCGCCAGUUAAGCGCGGCCUGGAAGAGGACGUAACGCCGUCAAGCUCGGCGCACGGCAAGCUACAUGAUGGUGUCCAACAGAAGCGGAUUAAACAAUCUGACGGCGCAACGGAUGAUGACGUUGCCUCUGACGGCAUGGCUGGAGGCUCAACCACAUCUGCGAAACCUGUUCCGGAGGUUAUUGACCUGACCUGA